CUGUUUAUAAUGAGCUUUUAAAUACACCUAUACUGCUCUUCUUCCCUUCACAUUCUCUCAUUCUCACAUUCUCACACUCUCACUAUUCUUCCAUUUGUGAGACAUCAGGGCAGAGGUACCCUUAUGGAGGUCACACCAAAGGAACACAUUCAGAAGAUUAGAAGGACGAAGUUCUCCAUUGGAGGGGAACUAAACCCUUUGCGUGAGGAUUUGCACCAAGCAACGAAAAACCUCUCUACUGAACUUUAUGCCAAAGAUGUUCAUUUUCUCAUGGAACUAAUUCAAAAUGCUGAAGAUAACAAGUAUGCUGAAGGAGUGAACCCAUCACUUGAGUUCAUCAUAACUUCUAAGGAUAUAACAGCUACUUCUGCUCCAGCCACUUUGCUAAUAUUCAACAAUGAAAAGGGUUAUUUUGUUCUGGCUUCAUCAAGGGAAACAAUUCUCUUGGACAACAAGUGGAAUCAAGGGAUACUAGAAUGUGUUCCAUCAGCUUUUAUGGAUGCAUUCANAACNCUUGUUAUAGGAGCUUCANAUGAAGCUCCAAUAUNCAGUUUGNCACCCAUCUUCAGGUUCCUUCCCAUUGAUANUUCUCCUUUUGAAAAGUUNAAUCANGUGAGGGAGAAAAUCAAANAAAAANUUCUUGGAGAAAACAUUGUUCCUGUUGAGACAUACAANGAGCAGAANCANUUCUAUANGCCGUGUGAAGUUAGCAGGCUNCUNCCAGAAUUCUGGGACAUUUUGACUGAUGCUCGGGAAGAAAGAGUAUACNUNNAUAAUCUGUCAUCACACAAUGAAAGAAAAAUCUUGAGUUCUUCAUUUGAUAGAACUGAGUAUGAUCNCNUUCUCAGCUUUCUNGNGNUAAAACAAGUNGGCACUGAUUGGUAUGCAAAGUGCAUCCAGAGUUCUAAUCUAGUGGAUGAAGCAUCAGAAGNUCUUUAUCUGAAGCUUUUACUGUUUAUUGCUAAAAACUGGUCAAUAUUCACAGGCUCCAAUAUGAUGGACAUUNCAUUAAUNAANUAUGUGAAUUCUGAUAAUAAAUUGUCCCAUUUUACUCUUCGUCAAUGCAGCAGCCANCCUGGGGCCAAGCAAGUAGUCCUAGCAGAUCCAAGUNCGUNUUCUCNUUGCUCUUGGAUGAUUGAUUGGAACANUGAAUUUUNNUGCAAAACCUCNCGAUUCUUUAUGCCGCAAGNCACACANNAAGCCAUCUNUNAGUCACCANGCAGGCAGACNUUGUUGNAAUGGCUAGAAAANCNAGUUAGUGUCGCUACUGUGAAUAUGCACACUUUUGCACGAGUCCUUUGUAGUUCUAUAAAUAAUGACUCAAAGCUUGCNGUUAAAUAUGUCCAUUUCUUAUACCANUCNUUCUCNAAGAGAUAUUUAUCAAGUAGUGNGGUUCAAGGUUUGUGUAGUUCAAUGCCACUUGUGGACAAGUAUGGUNNUGUGAUUGGANGCAGAAAAGGGGUUCUUGUNCCUGCAAGUGGGAGCAAAUGGGCAGAGUUGAUUGUAUCUAAUCCAUGGANAAANCNGGANUAUGUUGAGCUGGGAAAGGAGUACUUGCAUNCAUUGGAUUGUGCAGGCCAACAUACAGGGUAUGGGNANCUCAUAGAAUUCCUGAAAAANUNUGCUNAUGCUUCUGAUAUACCUAAUAUAUAUCCCCCAAAUGCUGGUUUUUCNUCUGUGGAAACNCCACUCACNAAAAAAAAUGCCCUUUUGCUUCUGGAUUGGAUUCGAAAUCUGAAGCNUANGGGUGGGAAUNUGCCAGAUAAGUUCUUGAAAUGCAUAAANGAAGGAAGCUGGCUUAAAGUUACNGUCAAUGAUUGGAGACCACCUUCGNAGUCAUUUUUAAUUNGCUCAUCAUUAGGAAGAAUUUUGCAGAGNGGUUCUNUUCUUGUUGACAUUCCNCUNAUUGAUGAGGGCUUUUAUGNGAAUCAAAUAUCAGNGUACGAGGAAGAGUUGAAAACAAUUGGGGUGAUGUUCAGCUGUGAGGAAGCGNGUGGAUUCAUUGGAAGAGAGCUAAUGUCGCGNGCAGCUUCUUUCACUUUAANCAGAAAUCAUAUNCUUUUNAUGCUUGAAUUCAUCCAAUAUCUGAGGCAAAAUUAUCUUCCCUUAGANNAGUUUGUCAACUGCAUCAGAGAGGGAAGUUGGCUACNNACAUCUCAUGGUCUAAGGNGUCCUAUAGGAUCNGUAUUGUAUGAUUCANACUGGCUNGUUGCNUCUCAAGUUAGUUCNAUCCCUUUCAUUNAUAAGGAUUNUUUUGGUANGGANAUNUAUAAGUUCAAAGAGGAGUUGAAGUUGNUGGGUGUGGUNGUUGGNUUUGAUGAAAACUAUCAAGUGGUCAUUGACCAUUUAAAAUCAUCCUCAGAUUUGGCNAAUUUGACANCUGAGGCNNUUGUUUUGUUAAUGGAAUGUAUANAAUUNNNGCGUGGCUCUAGUAAACNCAUAAAUUCACUCAAGGGAGCAANGUGCUUGAAGACANUCAUGGGUUUCAAAACUCCUUCUGAAUGUUUCUUGCGUGACCCUCUNUGGGGCUGCAUUUUGGAGGUAUUCGAUGGUCUUCCUNUAAUAGAUCAUCAAUUCUAUGGAGAGNAAAUUUUCUCUUACAAGGANGAACUAAAGCACAUAGGGGUGGUUAUUCACUUNGAUGAGGCNAUCAAAAAGUUUGCUNAUCUCUUCAAACAGAAGGCAUCAAAAGCUUCAUUUAACCAACAUAANGUUAAGUCAUUUCUUUCAUGUUGUAGGGUGCUUGAGGGAACUGAAUACAAAUUUCCUCNUGAAUUUUNUAANAUCAUUCGUNCUGAGAAAUGGUUGCAGACCAGGGAUGGUGGUUAUAGGUCUCCAANAGCAUGCAUUUUAUAUGGUCCAGAGUGGAAAGCUAUCUCUUCNAUAGCUUCUUGUCUCCCUUUCAUUGAUGACAGUGANAAAUGCUAUGGUGAGGGAAUACAUGAAUACAAGAAAGAGCUGAAGAGCANUGGUGUUGUUACCGAAGUAAAAGACGGGGUGAAGUUUGUGUUNAAAUGUUUGAAUUUUCCUUCAGAUCNCUCCACNAUUACUNCNGAAAGUGUUNUUUCCUUGCUGGAAUGCAUCCGCGUUAAAAUGNAUGUGGGUGUUUNCGAAAUUGAAGAUGANCUAAAAAACAGAUUGUCUGGAAAUUGGUUGAAAACACAUGCUGGUUAUAGGUCUCCAGAUAACUGUUUGUUGUUUGACUCCAAGUGGAAUACGUACCUCAAGCCAACAGAUGGGCCUUUCAUUGAUGAAAAUUUUCAUGGACCUGAAAUUGCAUCAUACAAGAAAGAACUCAAUGCAAUUGGAGUAACCAUUGACGUUGAGAAAGGGUGCCCCUUGAUUUCUAAUCACCUUAACAAUCUCUCUGAUUAUGACACCAUUGUGAAAACAUAUGGGUAUUUGAGCGAAUUCAAGUGGAAAUUUGAAGAUAAAGCUGCCAGAAAAAUUUGGAUUCCAGAAAGUGCUAAGUGGGUCAGUUCUGAACAAUGCGUCAUGCAUGACAAGGAUAAUCUUUUUGGUUCAAAAUUUUAUGUAUUGGAUAAAGUGUAUGAAAAGAAAAUUCUUCCAUUUUUCUCCUUUGCCUUGGAAGUCCGUAGCNUGCCCUCCCUUGAUGAUUACAUCAAUAUUUGGAACGAUUGGGAGAGUUCAGUGGAAGAGUUGUCACCUGACCAAUGUUUUAAGUUCUGGUGGUUUAUGUUCAAUCAUUUGUCCACAAUAUCUGAGAAGAAACUAGCUAAUUGCUUGGUGAAACUGCCUGCAACAUCUGGCAACAAUNAAAUAUUUUUGUUAAACAAGAAUGAUGUUUUCAUUGCUGAUAACCUUCAUAUGAAGAAGCUUUUUGAGCAGGAGAAAGUCUUUGUCUGGUAUCCUCAGAACUUGGCACCAUUGACCAGGUGUGAGUGGUUUAACAUGUACAGAAAAAUCGGUGCUCGAAAUAUCUCUGAAUCUAUUAGCAUGGAAGAGUCAUCCUUGAUCGACGGUGUUGAACUCAAAAAAGUUGAUCCUGGUCAUAUUUGUAAUGUGAAGGUGUUGGCUAAGCUUAUUCUUGGUUUCCUUUCUUCUUCUAGUCUUAAAAUGGAACCAAGCAAGAGACAUGAAGCUGUUCAAGAUCUGCUGAAAGUGAGUUUCUUUGAGACAAACGGUGCAGUCACUGCAAGUUAUACUCUGUCUUUAUCAUCAGGGGACAAUAUUAUCAAAAAGGCAAACAGAAUGGUACGGUGGCAAAGACAAAGCUCCAAGUUUUUCACCCAAAUGAACUGGCAAAGUGAAGAUGCAAGUCUGCUAAAAUAUGCUACAUAUUUUUCAGAAGCCAUAUCAGAGGGUGUUUUGCAAGAGCAUCAUGACCAUGUUCCUGAGCUUGCUAAGCUCAUCAGAUUGGCUUUUCUUCUGAAAUUCAACAGUGGGGAAAUUGAAUUUCUGAUGGAGUCCAACAACUUGCACUGUGAGGAUGAGGCCUUCCUCAGUUCUGCCUUCCCAUCAAACUAAGCUUUUCUAGUUUUAAAUGUUUUAUAUGCACUUUCAUAAGUUAUGUUUGACUAUGUUUUAUUUCCUUGUCUAAGUAGCGUGUGAUUACUUAAAUGAUCAGUUAAGUUUGGUAUUGGCUGUUAAAAUCUGUGUCCAUAUUCUCAUGCUAUGUUUCUACUUAAAUCUGAAAUUAUCAGUGCUGAAUUCAUAACAAACUAUGAA